AUGACAGACCAAGCUGAGACCUUAACCUUUCCUUCGACAGAUAAGGAGGUACAUGUUCAUGAUCUCACACGUGACAUGGAAGAAACUACUGAAGAGGACGAAAAGGUGGAGCCUGAUAUGCGACUUGAAAGCGACGAGUAUCGAACGUGGAAGAAAAAUACACCAUUUUUAUACGACCUUGUUAUCACCCAUUCGCUUGAUUGGCCUUCACUCACAGUCCAAUGGCUUUCCGCACCAACGAAGAUCACGUCGGAUUUCUGUGAGUACGAACUUUUGCUGGGAACCAAUACUUCAGGCGCAGAACAAAAUAAAUUGAUGAAGGCCAAAGUGUGGCUUCCUCUUGACGACGCCUGCAAGUGGAAUGAGGAUACUAAAGAGUUGGGCGACUAUAACAAUGCAGUUGAGCGUAAAGUCAAGACGUCACUUAGCUUCAAUCACGAAGGCGAAGUCAAUCGAGCACGUUGUAUGCCAUCUGAUAAUCUUAUAGUGGCAACGAAAACUCCGGGUGCUGAAGUUCACAUGUUUGAUAUCUCGACAAUCAAAACUGAUGCUGGAAGAAGUAUUGAACCAACUAAACGUCUAUUGGGUCAUACAAAAGAAGGUUUUGGCUUGUGCUGGAAUCCCCACGAGCCCUAUCACCUUAUUUCUGGAUCUAAUGAUGCCAUCAUCUGCGAAUGGGAUCUUCGCGAAAGCGGCAAAACAGUGGAGCCUUUGCACUCAUACAUCGGUCAUAGUGAUGCGAUCGAAGAUGUGGGAUGGCACUGGCAUCAUCCGAAGAUAAUUGGAUCCGUCGGUGAUGACAAAAAACUACUCAUUUGGGAUAUGCGGUCGGACAACUACAAUACACCAGCAGCAACUGUAGUAGCUCACUCGGCUGAAGUCAAUUGUCUGGCUUUCUGUCCAUCAAACGAAUAUCUUGUUGCUACUGGAUCAUGCGAUAAGCAAAUCAAUUUAUGGGAUUUGCGAAAUCUAAAGACCAAAGUGCACACUCUCGAAGGCCACACAGAUGAAAUCUAUCAGAUACAGUGGUCACCGCACCACGAUGGCAUUCUUGGAUCCUGCUCUGCAGAUCAUCGUGUGAUCAUUUGGGAUCUUACAAAGAUUGGAGAAGAACAAGCAGCUGAAGAAGCAAAAGAUGGUUCACCGGAGCUGCUUUUCAUCCAUGCUGGCCACACCGCAAAUGUUGUGGACUUUUCGUGGCAUCCUAGCGAGCCGUGGGUGGUCUCCUCCGUUGCCGAUGACAAUAUAUUGCAGAUCUGGCAGAUGGCUGAGCAUAUUCAUGUAUAA